CAUUCCGCGCGUUAGUCUAGUACGGCGCAUUUUACCGCAAAAUCUUGCUCAUAUUACGAUAAAGUUAGAUAUACUGUUGCCCGCAUUAUUUAGCAGUUUAUUUGUGUUGAGUGUAUGGUAAAUAUCAAAGUAAUCGCGUCAUAAACCCAGUCCUAGUUUUCUGGGCGUUUGAAAUCGGACACCGCUAUAACGUCUCCCUCAGCGCGGAGGGAUACACUGUUGGGGCUGACAAUGUGGACGGUGCUAAAAUGUCUCCUCGGAAGAUGAGAUGUUACAUUUGUAGCGCUCAAAAGAAUUAGAAUAGAACUUUAGGCAGAGUUACAUUUGAGCGCAGUUACAUUGUAACAACUCUCGACACGGACUGUUCGCGUUUCCCGGGAAAUUGGACGCGUUUUGCACCGUGAAUUAGCGGGACCUGAGGCGCGGAGGGGGGAAAUUUUGUCCCCCAACUUUUCUGUUUUUCCUCUCGGGCUGAAGCGCGUUUCUCUCCCGCUGGAUGCCGCACGCGUGACGCGAGGAACGGAUCAUAAACCUGUUUGAGCUGAGAGAGAAAGAGAGAGACGUCGAGCGAGAGAAGCAGAUCAAGAAUACACAGGAUCAGGAUGGCGACGGUGGGGACCGACAUGGAGCUGAACGACCUGUUGGAUUUCAGUGUUAUGUUUCCUCAUCCGGUGUCAAACGGGAAGAACCGAGGCCCUCCUUUACCCAACAGUCAGUUUGGUUUAGAUGAAAGAAGUGGCUCCGGCUCUUGGGCUUCAGGAGAAGCAAACGGUCCCGCAUUCGGCGCACGGCUGUAUGGAGACGGUCCUCACUACCCUGAACACGACGGCAUGUACAAUUUAGAGAUUGACGGGAAAUCUGAAAGAGGAUACCCCGUUACUCAGCCGCAGCUCUUGCCCGCUGAUAUUAACGAUGGGCUUUCUCCUCCGGGAAUGAAAGUCCCUUCUCAGUUCUACAGUCCUCACCGCCGGAGGGUCGCCGACUCCAGCAUAGAUCCACUGCCCAAGAAGAUCCGAAAGGUUCCUUCUGGCCUGCCGUCGUCUGUGUCUUCGGUUUAUCCCGGUUCCACCGGUGAGGACUAUAACCCGGAUGGCAACGGAUACCCCGGAUCCAAAGCUGGAAACCUUUAUCCAGGCUCUUUCUGGCCAGAUGGGCUUCCGGAUCAUUGGGGACAGUCUGGUUAUUCUCCUGUCAUGAGUAACUCUCCUCACAUCGGUCAGCCGGCUCCGUUCCCCUCCAUAAACACACAGAAGCGGCAGCCUUUGCCCCUGUCGCCGCAGAACUACCCUCUGCACGGGAGCGAGGUCAACUUACCCACCAGCUUCCACCCCGCCUCGGCUGGAUACGGCGUUCCCAACCACACGCCGCCCAUCAGCAGCUCCGACAGCAUCAUGGUCAGCAGAGCUGGAAACGCAGGCAGCUCUGGCGCCGAGAUCGGGAAAGCGCUGGCUUCGAUAUAUCCCUCUGACAAUAACAGCAACAGCUACUCCCCGAGUCCUUCCACUCCUGUGGGCUCUCCUUCACAUGUUGCUGCUUCUGCAUCUCAGUGGCCCAAAGGCUCCUCUCAGCCCGCGCCGUCACCCGGUUUUGAGCCUGGACUGCAGGCGCUGACUAAGAUGGACGACCGUCUGGGUGAAGCGCUGCAUGUGUUGAGUCGUCAUGCAGUGGGUGCAGACAUGCACAGUUUACUGAGCGCAGCCGUCUCUGGACAUCCGGCCGGUGCAGCGGCCCUGGGCUCCAUCAGUCAGGCCUUCGGGCUCGCCAGCCGUCUGCCAGGCCUGAUGUCAAAUCACAGUGAUGAUGCUGCAGGUUUACCACAGUCCAGUGCUCUGCUGCAGGGACACCAUGCCCCCCAUCAGGCCCCGCCCACUUCCCAGUCCGACGCCUUUACCAGUCUUUCUCUGCCUCACUCCUCUCACUCAUCCAGCUCCGAUGUAAAGCGGGAAGAUAAGGAAGAUGAUGAAAACCUGUCUAUUGCAGAUAAAUCAGAGGAUGAGAAGAAAGACGGAAAAAGCCACACACGAACGAGUCAAGACGAGGAUGCCGAUGAUGAGGACUUGCCGAUUGAGGUGAAGGCGGAGCGGGAGAAAGAGCGGCGCGUGGCCAAUAACGCCCGUGAGCGUUUGCGCGUUCGCGACAUCAACGAGGCCUUCAAAGAGCUGGGCCGCAUGUGCCAGCUGCACAUGAACAAUGAGAAACCUCAGACCAAACUGCUCGUCCUUCACCAGGCCGUAAACGUUAUUCUCAACCUGGAGCAGCAAGUGCGAGAGCGUAAUCUGAACCCGAAGGCUGCGUGUCUGAAGAGGAGAGAGGAGGAGAAGGUCACAGGAGAUCCGCAGAUGCUGUCUGGUCUGGGUGGAGACGGACACGGCCAUAUGUAACGCUCAGAUCCUGACAUAAGGAAGCUCUCCGUCGACGUGGCCUUAUCUUCCCGUUCUUGUUCCAGAGUCCACACACACACACACACACACACACACACACACAUUCGUGAUUUAUAUAUGAUAAACAGAUGUGUUGAAGACUCACAUACUCACAGUAACUUCCCGAGCCGCUCGUUCGGCUCGCAAUCAUGGACCAUCGGUGGAAAUCAGCGUCUGCGGGCCCGGACCGUCCUGCUGUUUGAUGCUGUGACGUUCCAUUUACAGUGUGCUGUUAUAUAGCACACACACCCAUGAGCCUUUGUAUUCAACGCAAGGUCAAGCUCCACUGCGGGAACAGAUUCCUUUUUUUUUUUUUUUUUUUGUAGUUCAUGUAUUCGAGUUUGACUUUCUUUUGUACCGAUUUGUGUUUAUUAUGUAGAAAGAAAUGUUCAGUUUUGAUACACAAUGUUUGUGGUUCUGUUUGGGGAUCGCCACUAAUGCGUGAAUCCCACAAAACCGGCCAUAUUUCACCUCUUAAAAACAAAAGAAAUUAUAUGAAAUUCAUUUUAAGGAAAAUUAAACCCUGUUUUAAUGGAACAUUACGAUUUUUCAUUUUUAUGACCAGCACAUUUGCCUCAUUCUCAUUAUAAUCCAAAAAAAAAAAAAAAAAAAUUACGCUUUAAGGGAAAAAAUUACAUGUAAAUUAUACAUAAACUAGUGUUUAUUAUAUGUCCUUUAUGCUUAUUUAAAUUUAAAUAAUUUUUUUUUAAUACUGUAUUACAGUACAGAUAAAAGGAUAUAAGAAUACAAAAAUUAAAACUCUAAGAUAAUGAUUUAAAAAAAGUCAUAAUGAUCCUUAAAACAGGCUUUGUUUUCUUCAGGUAAAUAUUUCUUAAUUUAUUUUAUUUUAAGGGAGGUGAAAAUUAUAAUUUUUUUCUUUUUAGGAAAAAUUAGGAUUUUUUAUUCUGACUUUUUACGACCAACACAUUUCAUUAUAAUGCAAAAAAAAAAAAAAAAAAAAAGUAAAAAUAAUGUACAUUUAUUGUAUUUGUUUGUCCUUUAUGCUGAUUUAAAUGUAAAUCAUUGUAUUACAGUAUUUUUACUGUAUAAUAUUUUAAAAUAUAUAAGGAUAUAAGAAUAAACACUCAAAAAUAAAACACUUGGACACAUUAAGGUAAUUAAAAAUGAAUGCAAAAGUCAUAAUGAUCCUAAAAGUAGGCUUAUUUUAUUUUUUUCAGGUAAAAUAUAUUUUUAUUUAUUUGCUUAAUUUUUUAUUUAAUUUUAUUUUUGGGGUGAAAUAUCUGAUUGUGUUUUUGUGGGAUUCGCGCUAAUAUCUGCCAUCAUUCACCAAAGUACCAGACCUUGUGUUUUUUCAUCGUGGAUUUCUGAAGUAUUGGAAAACGCUGGAUAAGAUUUUCUUUUUGUGUGCGUCUCAUUUACGGGCAACUCGUUGUAUAUCGUCGCGAACCGAACCACGCGUAUGAACCACAGAGAAAAGCUCUCGGAAACGUUUCUUUAUGCACAUGUGUGACGGAGUCUGAGCAUUUCAGCCAUGUAUUACCACACGUUUCUGAGGCCAUCUAUCAAUUUGCUUUGGAUUUGACGUAAGCUGGACUUUAAUUUGGAUUCUUUAGAGCAGAUUCUGCUCGCACGAUACAAAAUCUGACUAGUGUGUAGUUAACAGAUACUCAGAUUUAUUAGCGAUUCAUUGCUAAAGUUGUGCAUUUGAUCAACUCGACGUGUUGAUUCAUGAAUUUGCUGCCACUUCUUGUCAAUAUUUCUACACAAAGUAGAGAAAAAUAGAUCGCAAGGGUCUUUACAAGACGACCCCGAGUUGUUGUUUUUACUUCUUUUAUAAAGUUCUGUUUAAUGUUUGUGUUUACUUGUUUUUGUUAUUAUCUGUGUUGAUUUUAAAUGUUAGAUAAAUGGCGAAAACUAGUGCUGAUGUACGCCAGGAACAAAUUGUGUUUCAUAUUUCUGUUGCAGUUUUAUUAUGGGAGAUCUUGGAAAUAAUUUGUCGUUUAGAGAUGCCAAUUUUGCGUUUAACACAGAAAUAUUCCUUAUUGUUUAUAAGGUGAAUAAUCACUGUGCCCAAAUUUUGCAAAACCCACAUUAGUGGUUUCGUUCUUGAUGUUUUCGAUCCAAAUUGAAAGGAAACACAGUUCUGAGUUUAUCUCUAGAGAUCUUUUUCUUUUCUUCGUUAGUACUAACAUCGUCUUUUACAACUAAAAGAUGAUUAUAUGAAUUAUUCUUGUUUAUGUAUUGCAAAAAUGUAAACUCUUAAAGGAGCGAGAGAGUGGCCUUCCUCAUUCUCCGGCGGCGGGGAGUGAUUCUGUACUAGUGCCUGCAUCGUUUUGUUCAGUUUUAUCCUGGAGUCAGUCAGGUUUUUAUUCAGACGUCACGUCUUGUGGCUUCGACUUGAGAAUAUUUUAUAAAUUCACAUGAAGAGGGAUGCGAGAAUUCCAGAUGUAUGUUAAGUGAAUUCUUGUUCCUUUGAGCAAAUAAAGUACUUUCUUUGUAAACAUGGA